UGGCCAAGGCAAAAAGAACAGAAAUCAUCUAUGGCAAUGGGAAGCUUUCCGACUCAUCUCUUGCUCCUGGGCUUGUUGAUGAUCGUAAUAAACAUGGCGAACUCGCUGUCGCUGGCUAAUACAAAUUGGACGGUAUCAACGAGUCAUGACUCGGCUUCAUUCAAUCGGAGUAGCUUUCCGGUUGGUUUCAUUUUCGGGACUGCGUCUUCUGCUUACCAGUAUGAAGGUGGAGCAAAAGAGGAUGGCAGAAGCCCAAGUAUAUGGGAUGUUUUCACUCGUGAAUACCCAGGUAAGAUAAGGGACCAUAGCAAUGGAGAUGUAGCAAUCGAUUUUUAUCAUCAAUAUAAGGAAGACGUGGCAGUAAUGAAGGGUCUUGGGUUGGAUGCAUUCAGAUUCUCCAUCUCUUGGUCUAGGAUUUUACCUGAUGGAAAAGUAAGUCGAGGAAUAAACAAAAAAGGUGUUCAAUAUUACAACGACCUUAUCAAUGAGCUUCUCUCGAAAGGAAUCCAACCCUUUGUAACUUUAUUUCACUGGGAUCUUCCACAAGCCCUGGAAGAUGAGUAUGGCGGUUUCUUAAGUCCUCACAUUAUUGAUGACUUCCGAGACUAUGCGGAGCUUUGUUUCAAAGAGUUCGGUGAUAGAGUGAAGCACUGGAUCACUUUGAAUGAGCCAAUGACUUUAAGCUAUGGAGGAUACGACAUGGGCGCCAAAGCACCAGGACGAUGUUCUAAAUGGGUUGGAAAUUGUACUAAUGGGAAUUCCGCGACUGAACCCUACUUGGUAACUCACCACCAGCUUCUUGCUCAUGCAGCUGCUGUGAAAGCAUACAAGGAUAAGUAUCAGGCAUCUCAGAAGGGAAAGAUUGGAAUAACACUAGAUGCACAUUGGAUCGUGCCUUACUCAAAUGACAUUUCCGACAAGGCUGCGGCCAGAAGAGCUCUUGAUUUCAUGUUUGGAUGGUUUAUGCAACCAUUAACCUAUGGUGAUUAUCCACAAAGCAUGAUAUCUUUAGUUGGAAAUCGAUUACCAAAAUUCUCCAUAGAACAAUCAAAGAUGGUAAAUGGAUCACUGGACUUCGUUGGGCUAAAUUACUUCACUGCUGAUUAUGCAGCUAAUGUUGCAUUCUCCAAUGCAACUAAAAUAAGUUAUUCAACAGAUUCUCGUACUAGUAUCACAAAAUCAAAGAAUGGGAUCCCCAUUGGUCCAAGGACUGCUUUGGAUUGGUUAUGCGUAUAUCCCCGAGGAAUACGGAAGUUUUUGCACUAUACAAAGCAAAAAUACAAUAAUCCAGUGAUUUAUAUCACUGAGAAUGGGAUAUCAGAGUUCAACAACAGUACACAGACAUUGGAGGAAGCCUUAACAGAUAAGGACAGAAUAGACUAUUACUAUCAUCAUCUUUUAUUACUCAAAAAAGCCAUCAAGGAGGGUGUUGAUGUAAGGGGAUUCUUUGCGUGGUCAUUGAUGGACAACUUUGAGUGGGCCUACGGUUACACAGUUCGACUUGGAAUAAACUAUGUGGAUUACAAAAAUGGAUUGAAGAGAUACCCGAAGCACUCUUCCUUUUGGUUCAAAAGAUUCCUUCAGCGAUAGACUACUAGACGGUUCCAUGCUUAUGUACUACCAAAAUAGCCAUAUAUAGUGAAGACUGUUUUUGUGCUAAAAGAUCAUAUUAUAUUAAAUAAUAAAAAAUAAAGGAAAAGAAAAAAAGAUUGAGCA